UUACAAUUGGUUUUAAUUUUGUUAAUUUAAAGUGAAACUGAUUACUGAUUCAAUAGUUCAAAGAAAGUAAAUCAAAUUAACCCAGCUCAGUUUCAGGUUUUCAUGAAACAUGAAUUUCAUUGAAAAAUGGACUUCGUAGUGAAGAUGAAUUUGGAAUCGAUCGGUUAGACCUUAAACCUGGUGAUGCUAAAAGUCGCCUCUUAUCUUCACCUUCAUCUUCAUCAUCCUCUUCCCUAUCUACACCUUCUUCAUCCUCAUCAAUAUCAACCGCUCAUCGCAACGGAAUGAGCAAAGAGUCCAGAAUAGCUGAAUCUAAACUAGACGAUAUGAACCAACCAAGUCACAUCAAGUCAUCUUUUUCAUCAACCUCAGCAAAAGAUAACUCAGACAAUCGUAAUGCCAAUGUUUACUUUCUUGCCGGUUUAGAGUCAUUAAACUCGGAAGCAAAGCCAAGUUUUGCAGGUUAUCGGUCAACCGAUUCAAAUAAUAAUAAAAAGAGUGCUGGUGCUCGAGUGGCUGAAGUAAUCGAUCGAUUAGUUCAACAGAGGAAGAGUGAAGGUUCCUCUCCGCACAUUGUUGUGGUUGCACCAUUAUCCGAUAAAUCAAAGAAAUCAGGUUCAGCUACACAGACAACCACACCAAAGCCUUCAACUACAACUAGUACUCAGUCACCACGGAAUCGUUACAAUGAUGAACCAGGAGCGUUUUCCCGGGAUGCAGAUACAUUGUUAGCUGCUGCUCAUCUUUUAGCUCGCCAUUCAAUUGCAUCAAAACGAUCUGACGAUGAAAAGGGAAUCUUUUCAAUUGAGACAAGUUCAAGUGCAGAGAAACCUGGUUUCGAAUCAGCCAAUUUGAUUGCUGCUCAACCAAUAGAGACUGUUGAAAAUACAGGCAAAGAAAAUGUAAACACCAAUAAUUAUUCACCAACUAAUGCUAAUCAACAAAUAGCUAAAAAUGCACACGCAGGAUCCAUGGAAAGAUCGUUCAAUGGGCAAGGUUAUCAGGGUGGACAUAUGAUGGCCUCAGCCUCGCAACAUCAUCCAGCAUAUAUGGUAUCAAGGAUGGGUCAUGGGCCAAUGCCAAGUCAUUUUAGAUCACAUCAUGGAGCUAUGGGUCAAAUUCAUCAUCAACAGCAACAGCAGCAUCAACAGCAGCACCAACACCAUCAACAAGGACACCAACAAAUGAUGGUUGCUGCAAGUCAACAAAAUCCAACUUAUGUGUCAUCUUAUGGUCAACAUUUCCAAGGUUUUAAUGGAGACCAUCAAGGACCACAACAUCACCAUCCUCAUAUCCAAGGCCCUCCUCAAGGAAAUCAAGGCUCACAAGUGUUAGGCCCUCAACAAUCAGGUAAUCAAGGUUAUCAAAUGGGACACCAAAAUCAACCAAAUGGACAGCAAGUUGGUCGUGAUUACCAAUUAGCCGCUGAAAAUUUCCCUCGUCCAACAUUCAUCAAUAACAGAGAAUCAUAUGUAGCUCAAGAAAGUGCUCCACUUCUCGACUUCCAUGCAUCUCAAGUUCCACCCGAAGAAGAGUCUGGUGGCUAUCAAGAAUCAUCACCAGCAAAAGGAUUAACUUUCCACUUUGGAGGUGGCCCAGUGGGUGGAGGUGGCCAAGUAAUGACCAGUCCACUUGGUAUUUUUAAAACUUUAUUGUUACCACUUUUACCCAAGCCAAGAGUAAACUUAAAUGGUAAAGUUGUCUUUGGUGUUGUCCUAGAAAAGGGAGUUGGUUAUGGAAAACAGAAGAAACACCAUCCACCCCCUCCACCUCCACCACCACCACCACACGGUUUCCAUCAUUUCGGUAGAAGAAGAUAAAACUAGAAUAACAAAUAAUAACUAUUUUAUUCGUUCACAAUUAUUAUAAUUAUUCACAAUGGAAAUUGAGAAAUCAAACAAAAAAAUUUACCAUCGAUUUUUUAAAAAUCAAAACAAACCACCAUCGAUAUCAUCUAAUUUUCCCUCCUUUUUCAACUCAUAAGCUUUUCAUCUUCUCAAAGUGACUCUCAUUUUCAACUUUUGUUUCUAUUAAUUAUUUAAUUUAAAUAAAUAUAGUUUAUUAAAUAUUUCUUAAAUAAACUU